AUGAAAAUUGGUCGAGACGCUGAUACUAUAGCUCCUCUACUGAAUGCCGUAACACCAUCUCGUAAAAGGAAGGAGCCUUUUGCAAGCCCUUUGAAGCGUCUUAUGACACCAACAAAAUCUCCAAGUUCGAAGAUAAUGAAGCUUGGUUCUCCUGUCUUACCGUUGUCCAACAUCACCAACGCUUCCCCGGGUACGUCGGAUUCUUAUCAAGAAGUGGCAUCAUCACAACGAAGAAAGCUGCGGAAGAGUGCUUUUCACUACAGAUACCCAACCGAGAACUUACCUAAUAGGGUGUACGAAAGAUUCGUUUUGAAGUUCAAAGCGAAAAAACUGGCGGAGAAGCAGUCAAGCAUCGCGAAAAUUUCUCAGCCACCCAGUAGUAGCAAAAAGAAAUUAGAAGAUUUUUGCGUACGGAGUGGAGGAGAAAUAGCAACAACAUCAAAGUUGGGACGAACGCGAUUACCAAGCGUUACCGAGUUUGGCAAUUCCGUUUGUUCCAAGAUGGUGCCGGAAGAAGAUCGAAUUCAUCAAAAUUCUCCACGUAAACUUACGGUGAAGCUGACUCCUCUCAAAUCACGGCCAGCCCAACUAAAAGGUAUCUGGGCGCUUUGCUCACAAAAUUCUAUCAAAUUUGAAAUCGUAACAGAACGACAAAUACAAUCGUUCACUCUCUAUUAUUUAAAAAUUUUAUUUAAUGAGAAUAACUAA